AUGUCAGACCCAAAAGCCCUAAUAGCGGCCAAAUUCCUCGAUUCGUUUCUCACUCAAAUCGUUCUCGAUGUUGCCCUUUCAACCCAUUCCACCAUCAAACGGGCUCGUUCGAUCUGCAAACUUUGCGGCAUUCGUUGUCAAACACAUACCCCCGCUGCUGAGCAAUCCACCAACCUCUCGCUUUCCACCCAUCCCCACACGAACAACUCUUCUGACUCCACCACUCCCACUUCCCGUUCCUCCACCCCUGUCCCUGGCGGAGGAGCAGUGAACAAGCCGGAUUAUUACUCAAACAAUCCUCUAUUUGAAUGUUUAGUUUGUUCUCGACAAGUUAGUUCGAAUCGAUAUGCGACACACCUAGCCAAGUGUAUGGGGAUGGGAAGUAAGGGUGGGAGGAAGGGGGCGGCGAGGAAUGCUAAAGCCACAACAACCGGUGGUGGUGGGGGGUUGGUAGCCAAUGGGAAUGGCAGUGGCAGUGGCAGUGGCAGUGGCAGUGGCAGAGGAACGCCAAAAUAUAGUAGUGAUAUGGACGAAGAUGCAUUUGCUUCUAAAAAGAAGGGUAAGAAUGGUGGCAAGAGAUCAAACAGUCCGAUUGUGGCGUCCAGGAUGAAUAAGAGGAUCAAAACUUCCAGCCCAACCCCUCCGCCGGGGGAGACGGGGAGGAGCUUUUCAAGUCAUACUUUCGCUCCUUCUGGGUUGAGCAAUUCGACUGUUAUUAGCGGGUCGCCUUUGAAUCCAAACAAUACCACAGCGGUGGCAAAUAAGAAAGCCAACAGCAAUUCGAAACUUGGUUAUGGAGGGAGUAAACGGAAGAGAGAUGAAGAAGAUGAAGAAGAGGGAGGCGAAAAUGGUGUUGAUAGUGGAGGAUCGGAUGGGGAGGGAGGUGAAGAAGGUGAGAUAUCCGAUGAUGAUGAGGACGAAGAUGAGGAUGUUGCACUUGCUUCACGUCCUGCAGUUGGUUCAGGGGCCAAGAUCAAAAUUCCGUUGCGUACUACGCCUCGUGCGAGUACGGGGAAGCAAAAAACGUUUACGAUUAUUGAUGAUUCGGACGAGGAUUCAUAUACCAACUUUAACUCGCAGCGAAGAAGCGGGGGUAAAGUACAGGCGGGUUCGGAGGAUGAAGAGGGUGAAGAUGACGAUGAAGAGGAUGAGGAUGAUGAUGAUGAUGUGCAGGUGACUAGGGUUUCGCACAGCUCCGUUGCGGGAGCGGCGACGAAGAAGAAAGCGAGCGGUGGUGGAGCAAAUGGGAAUGGGCUACAGAGAGAGAGGGGGAGCGAUGGAGAGUUCGUCGACGUUGAAAGUGCGGGUGGGCAGAGUGAUGCUGAUUCCUUCUAG